AUGUCUGUCGAUCUUCGCAAACAGCAUAGACCAGCACCCAAGCGAAGGGUGCCUGACAGCAGCAGUGCAGAUGAGCUUGCACCGUCACCCGACCGGAGACAAGCAAAGCCGCUUUCGAAAGCGAGACAAGCUGCGAAGAGCAGUAUGAAAAGAUAUACCGGUCCAUUUUGGCCACUAGCAUUCGCGAGGUCAUAUGACUAUGAGGUGCAUCACUCUAAAGUGGAGGAUGACCAAAAACCACCCAAACUGCUCAGCGACCCAGGAGGCUGGCGUGUCCGGAUAUACGAACUGCCCGAUGGCAACUAUGAUACUAAGAUUCUCAUACAACGCCAACAUAUCAACAAGAGAUCUGUGCCAACUUAUGUAGAAGACUCUCCCGAACCACAGAAGGUGUUCAAGCACUCUGUUGAGAAAGGGCUCGGUACAGCGUGGGCCAAGUCUCUUGAAUACGUGGAGGGUCGUCGGCGCGCAGUAGUGCACUUCGAUGAUUUGAUUCGACUGGACGAAGAGGAGUACUUGAAUGAUAGUUUGAUCGACUUUUACAUGAUCUAUCUAUUCAAGCAACUGAACGUCCCGGCCGACAAGGUCUACUUCUUCAAUACGUACUUCUUCACCAAACUAACCGGGAACUCUGGCCGCAAGUCGAUAGACUACAAAGCUGUGGAGCGAUGGACUUCGAAGGUCGACAUCUUCCUCUACGACUAUAUCGUCGUGCCGAUCAACGACUCUCAAACCCAUUGGUAUCUGGCAAUUAUCUGCAAUGUUUCGAAGAUCCCACGUGUACUCAUAAAUUCACCGUUCGACGAUGAUCAUCCCAACAUACAAGAGCAUGGCGAAGGUUGUACCACGAUUACGAUUGAAGGAGACAAUGAUGGUACAAGACCAGCUCAAAACCUAUCGCCCAAACCGUCUGCCAGCGUUCAAGAGGUUUCCAACCAGCAAGAACACGAUGACCCAAAUCUUUUCGACGAAGCAGCGUUAUCCUUGGUCAACCGCGGUGAGACUGGAACAGAUAUACAGUAUGGACCUCAACCUGAGGCAUUCUAUUCAACAUUGCAAGAGCCGACGGCCGACAUCACGGAUGUUGAAGAGGUCAAAUCCUCUGCGCUGACUCGACAGAGUGCAUCAUCUGCAAAGAACAAGAACAAACGCAAGCCUGUGCCCAAGAAAGACCCCAAUCAACCAGUGAUCGUUGUGCUGGACUCCUUAGGUGGUAAUGCGCGCAGCGGAGCAGUUCGUGCCCUGAAAGACUGGAUAGCGGCAGAAGGGAAACAUAGGCGCGGAAUGGAAGCAGUUAUCAAAGAAAAUGGGUAUUAUCCCAAGGCCACGCAGAUUCCCAUGCAAAGCAACUGGACUGAUUGCGGUGUCUACCUACUGGGCUACGUCGAGAAAUUCUUCCAGAAUCCCGAUGAAUUCAAAGACAAGCUGUUGACUGGGUCCAUGUCAGCUGAGGAAGAUUGGCCAGCGCUGAAGCCUUCCAUGAUGAGAGACAAGAUGCGUGACAUUAUAUUCGAAUGCCACAGGCAGCAAGAGAAUGCUCGGAAAGCGCAAAGAAAGGCGAAGAAUGAAACAACGGAAAUCAAGGCGCCAGUGGUUACAGGCCACGUCGUAUCUGUAGAGACAAAGACAGAGACUGCGAAGACGGACCAUGGGGAUGGAAACCAAGAGCAGACCAAAUCGCACACCCAUCCGGCCAUUCAAUCUCCACGGCCUAGACUUAGAUCUCCCUUCAAGCUCGACGAGCAACAAGCGGCCUUUGCCAGAAACCGAUCUCCGGACGCUGUUGCCCGUCCAAAGUACGCAGAGUGA